AUGCCCGUUCAGUCCAAGCCCAUCCCCGCCCUUUACACGGUGUAUAUCCUCCGUUCCACCGUACGCCACGCGUCUCUCUACAUUGGCUCGACUCCCAAUCCCCCCCGCCGUCUGAAGCAGCACAAUGGCGAGGCUCGCGGCGGUGCUGCUCGCACAUCUCGUCUGAGCUUGCGGCCCUGGGAAAUGGUUGGCCUGGUCUCCGGCUUUCCGGGUAGCAUCGCUGCUUUGAAAUUCGACAACGCAAGAACAAUUCACCACUCCGCUCUUGUCUUUGAAAGUAUCGACGGAGCUCGCGAUCCGGACUCGAUUGUCGGCGCCCACGUUGAUCCUAGUACGAGUCUGAACAGCUCCCCGCCAUUUGUUGGCACUGGAAUAUGA